AUUUCUCCAGGUUGAGACGAUUCCAGCUCUCACUGGACUGAAAAACCCCCAUUAGCAAUCAAUCGAAUAUUCAAUCCACCUGAUGAGAGAUAAGACAUGCGCAAUCAUGUUUACCAAAACUGUGGUUCAGUUUGAUAACCAUGCCCACCAUUCCAGUCCACGUCUGCGCGUCCGAUCACGGAGUGAUGAAGAGCGACGACUUUUUUUUGCGACGUGACGAAAAAAAAAGCCUAGCUAGCCUCAGCCUUAGGUUGAGUCAUCAACCAGCAAAGUUCUUGGGAUCGACUUUUUUUUCCCCCUUUAUCCCAACUUUUUCCAUGACGAAUUGUCCCUCCUCUCUCGUUGAAAGCUUUUUUAGUUUGUUCUAAUUCUGGAAUACAAGCCACACCUUGUUUCGAAUGAAUCAAAACCAGACGUCGGAAUGUCGCCGCCCACCAACCACGUCCUACUCAUCCUGAUGCCCUGGGAUCCAGACUCGGCCUGGGUCGCAAGUCUGGCCGACGCCAGCCCAGGCAUUGAGGUGCACAGCUUCAAGAUUGGUUAUCGGGAUGAGAAGCUACCGGAGGAGGUACCCGCGGACUUGUGGGCCAGGACGACGAUCCUCUUUACGUGGAGAUCGUUUCCAACAUUAGAUAUGGUUCCAAGCCUCAAGAUGGUACAGAUAUUAAGCGCCGGAUCUGAUCACAUCCAAGGCGUUCCAUUGUUCAAAGAGCAGACCGAUAUCAAGUUUUGCACCGCCAACGGUGUCCAUCCACCCCAGAUGACGGAGUGGGUGUUUGCAACGUUUCUAGCCUCUCAGCAUCAGAUCCCCCAGUAUCUCGAGCACCAAAGGGCUCGCCACUGGGAGCUUUCUCAAACCGACGAGGAUGUCGAGGACGCCGUGGGCUUGCGCGUCGGCAUCCUCGGCUACGGAUGCAUCGGCCGCCAGUGUGCACGUGUCGCCCGGUCGCUGGGCAUGGAAGUCUACGCAUACACGUUCCACGAGCGAUCGACCCCUGAGUCGCGCCGCGAUGAAUCCUUUACCGAGCCCGGGCUGGGGGACCCUGAGGGGAUCUUCCCGUCCAGGUGGUUCCACGGGGACGAGCAGCUGAGCGAGUUCCUGGGCUCGGGGCUGGACCUGCUCGUCAUCACUCUGCCCCUGACGGACAAGACCAGGAAGAUGAUCUCGACGGACCAGUUCAAGCUUCUCGGCAAGAAAAAGGCAUACCUGAGCAACGUCGGCAGGGGUGCCAUUGUCGAUACGGAAGCACUCAUGGAGGCGCUGGACCAGGGGCUGAUCAGGGGCGCCGCCCUGGACGUGACGGACCCUGAGCCGUUGCCCAGCAAUCACAGGCUUUGGGACUACAAAAACGUCAUCAUUACGCCCCAUGUCAGCGGGAAUUCUUUCAGCUACAAUGCUCGAGUUUGCAAGAUCCUCCGGUACAACCUUGAGCGGAUGUCCGAGGGGAAAGAGCUCGUCAACGUGGUGAACAAGAAGCUCGGCUACUGAGACCAAGCCGUGGAUUGAAUUUAAGAAUGCACAAAGAACAAUCCAAAGGAACAAAGAAAAACCCUAAUCCAAAAUUGCACGCGCAAAAGAUGUUUCAGUUUAUUUUUGGGUGUUCUUAUCAAUCGGCCAAUUUUAGUAUUCAGCUGUCACUUUUGCCCCUACACAGUCCACGUCCGCACUGGGCUACUUGCUAGCCGUAAACAUGAUCAAAUUGGGACAAACAGUAUAGGUACGUAUACAUUAGGAUGGAGGGUAGGUAAGUGAGUAGGGAGGCAAGGUGGUAGACCAGAAGGCAGGUACAGAGGCAGAUAAGCAGGUAGGUUGGUAAAUAGGUUAAUACGUGAGUAGGUAGCUAGGAAUAGCCUCGUCUAGGCCGUCGUUGUGGGAUUUGACAUGUAUCGGGACGAGCUUGCGUAAAAGUUCAAGUACUCGAAUAUCUCCAUAUGUGUUAAUACUGGGUAGAACCUCAAGGUGACAGAUGACUAGUAAAAGCGGCUACUUGACAAAAAAAACAGCCUUCAGUUUCCGUCCGACUCGGCCAAAAAUAUACCAUUGUCGUACUCGAGCGCACGGCAGACGGGGACAUCGUAGACGG